AUGUCCUCCUUCAAGCGCAAAAAUCCGUCUACCCCUCAGACGUUGCCAAAGGGAACAAAACCGUCACCAGCACUAUCUUCUCUGCUGCUCACGUCUUCUGGGAUUCCGUCGUUCGAUGACAUCUUGGGGGGAGGGGUGCAGCUCGGAACAAACUUCCUUGUUCUCAACCCUGACCCACAUUCAGCUCAUACAGAUCUCCUCCAAAAAUACUUUAUCUCUCAAGGACUGUCCAGUGAUCAACAAGUACAUGUGUUCGCGCCAGAUGCAAGAAACUUGGUUAACUCAUGCAUGUGGGUACCCGGAACGAGUGCAACUUCGGUGCCUGAUGAUGAAGACGCCGUCAAUGAUAAUGAAGGAAAGGUUAAGAUAGCAUGGCGCUAUGAACACAUGCAAAAGUUCAGAACAACAGUGUAUUCUCAGGACUCAGACAAUGAAGACUAUUGUCGACCCGUUGAUCUGUCGUGUCGAAUACCUCCGGAAGCCGUAGCGGCAUUUCUUAGUGCUGGAUUAUUACACAUAGAGGAUACAGUCUUCGAGAGCUCUGAAGAAGUGUAUGACUCUGUGAUUCGGCGAAUAGAGAAUAUUGCAAAGGACUCGGAUGCGUCCAACAAACAGAACGUCGUUCGUCUGAGUAUACCGGCGUUUGCAAGUCCGGAAUGGGGUGAGGCAAACCCGCAGAUAGUUUUGCGAUUCUUAUUACGACUUCGGGCGGUACUCCGGCGCUGCCAUUCCAUCUCUGCCUUUAUCACACUCCCUGCGCAUCUGUCAUCAGAUACAUGGGCUGGCGAAGGAUGGAUAGAGAAGCUCGCCUGGGUCUCUGAUGCAUGCAUCACAUUAAACUCUUCCACUGCUGACCCUGCAACUGCCGCACUUUUCGCAUCUUCUCAUGGACUCUUACGAAUCCACAAGCUACCAUGCGUACAGACCCUAGUCCCGGCGAGCGACAGGUUCUCGAGCCUUCGUGGCCUCGCGGUCGCGUCAUCCUCAAUCAGUUCGAGCGGAGUUGGUGAAAAUAACUUAUCAUUCAAAUGUACUCGAAAAAGAUUCAUCAUCGAGACACUACAUCUUGAUAUUGAUGGUGGUGUCGGCGAGCGUCGUACGACUCCUGCGCCGUCUGCCAUCGCCAUCCAGGAGGGCACCGCACAAAAGAUGGCUUCUCAACAUCAUACCAAUGAUGGUCAUGAUGAACAUGAGUCCAGGGUCAUGAUUGAGAUGGAGACCAAACAUGGUACCAUUGGAAAUUUAGAAUCACGACGGUCUGAUACAGAUUUAACACCUUCCGGUGAGACUCAAGAGACGGGGACUGUCAAGAAAAAGCCGAAGAAAAGGGUUGGGUUUCAGGUUGAGCGACCCGAUAUAUUCGAUUUCUAGCGUACUAGCUCUGUUAUAUAUCGUUUUAAUCGAAAGUUGCGACGAUU